UGAGCUCUGAAAAACUUGUUGUUGUCAGGGAAAAUGGCGUCAAACGUAGAAGCCCCGGAGCGCUGGUACCUCGCCCUACUCGGCUUCGCGGAACAUUUCCGAACCUCCAGUCCUCCCAAAAUCCGCCUUUGCGUGCAUUGUCUCCAAGCUGUGUUCCAGUUCAAGCCGCCACAGAGGAUAGAGGCCCGCACGCAUCUCCAGCUGGGCUCGGUCCUCUACCAUCACACCAAGAACAGUGAUCUGGCCCGCAGCCACCUGGAGAAGGCGUGGUACAUUUCUCAGCAAGUCCCCCAGUUCGAAGAUGUCAAGUUUGAGGCUGCGAGCAUUUUAUCGGAACUCUUCUGCCAACAGAAUUUGGUGGACUCUGCAAAGCCUCUUCUGCGCAAGGCCAUCCAGAUUUCUCAACAAACACCGUAUUGGCACUGCAGGUUGUUGUUCCAGCUGGCGCAACUUCAUACACUGGAGAAAGACUUAGUGUCAGCGUGUGAUCUGCUGGGUGUCGGAGCGGAGUAUGCCCGCGUGGUGGGCUCAGAAUACACCAGGGCGUUAUUUCUCCUCAGUAAAGGCAUGCUGCUGCUGAUGGAGAGGAAGCUGGGCGAAGUGCAUCCCCUGCUCACACUAUGUGGAACCAUUGUAGAGAACUGGCAGGGAAACCCCAUCCAGAAGGAAUCCCUGAGGGUCUUCUUCCUGGUCUUGCAAGUCACACACUACCUGGACGCUGGACAGGUGAAGAGUGUGAAGCCGUGUCUGAAGCAGCUGCAGCAGUGCAUCCAGACCAUCUCUACACUCCACGACGACGAGAUUCUUCCCAGCAACCCAGCUGACCUCUUCCAUUGGCUCCCAAAGGAGCACAUGUGUGUCCUUGUUUAUCUGGUGACAGUGAUGCACUCCAUGCAAGCAGGUUACCUGGAGAAAGCACAAAAGUACACAGACAAGGCACUAAUGCAACUCGAGAAACUAAAAAUGUUGGACUGCAGCCCCAUCCUUUCUACCUUUCAAGUCAUUCUGCUGGAGCACAUCAUCAUGUGCAGACUUGUCACAGGCCACAAGGCCACUGCGCUACAGGAGAUCUCACAGGUGUGUCAGCUUUGCCAACAGUCUCCCAGGUUAUUCAACAACCACGCUGCCCAGCUCCACACUUUAUUAGGCCUCUACUGUAUCUCGGUGAACUGUAUGGAUAACGCAGAGGCGCAGUUUACCGCGGCCUUGCGGCUCACCACACACCAGGAACUGUGGACUUACAUUGUCACCAACUUGGCCAGCGUUUACAUUAGGGAAGGCAACCGACACCAAGAGUUGUACAGCCUGCUGGAGAGAAUAAAUCCAGACCACAACUUCCCAGUCAGCUCACACUGCCUACGUGCGGCUGCUUUCUACAUCCGGGGACUGCUGUCCUUCUUCCAAGGCCGCUACAAUGAGGCCAAACGCUUCUUGAGAGAAACCCUUAAGAUGUCUAAUGCUGAGGACCUGAACAGACUGACCGCUUGCUCGCUGGUUCUGCUGGGCCACAUCUUCUAUGUGCUGGGCAACCACAGAGAAAGCAACAACAUGGUGGUACCAGCCAUGCAGCUGGCCAGCAAGAUCCCUGACAUGUCUGUGCAGCUUUGGUCCUCUGCGCUGUUGAAGGAUUUGAACAAGGCACUUGGGAACACAAUGGAUGCCCACGAAGCAGCCCAGAUGCACCAGAACUUCUCCCAGCAGCUGCUGCAGGACCACAUCGCCGCCUGCAGCCUCCCAGAGCACAACCUCAUCAGUUGGACUGACGGCCCUCCUCCUGUCCAGAUCCAAGCCCAGAACGGUCCCACCACCAGCCUCGCAAGCCUGCUAUGAGGGAGACUGUGUGUGUGUGUAUGUGUGCGUGCGUGCGUGCGUGUGUGUGUGUGUGUGCGUUCGUGCAGCUGGUACAUUAUCACAACAAAUGUUAUCUGAAAAGUUGGUAUCCGCGUUUUUCGUUAAAUUUAAGUAGCUCUUUUAAUUUUCCUGGUUCACUGCUAUCACAGUUUGAAUUUGCUGGGAAAAAAAUUACCACUACAGUUAUCUGGUUCGAUCAGGACAUGACAUUUGGACUGGUUUAGUUUUCGAGCACGGGUGGGCAACUCAUGGCUCUCUUGCCUUGCAAUUCUAAAGACAAACGAAGGGCCGGUUAUUAUUGCUCUCAAACAUUUAACCUACAUAAUCGCUGCAGUUGGGUCGAAACCUUGUAUGUCCAAAUUUAGUCAAUUUAACAUUAUUUCACAGAUUGAUACUAUUGGUCAGUCCCCGAAAGUAUGUUUUGUGUUUGCCCCUCACAAAUUAUUGACCAAUAUAAAGUGUUGAAAAUGCCUUGCUGUCUUCGACGAUAUAAUGUUAAUGCCUCAAUGAACAUGCAGUUUUUUUGGGGGGGGUUUCCUGAAAAGUGAUAGUUUUGGACAUGUGAGGCUUUGGCCCGAUGCCAGGGAUAUGCUCAUGGUAUUCGAUCAUAAACAUUUGUUUAGAGGACUUUCUGAUACAUGAAAUAAAGGAUCCCUGCAUUUUCGUAUGAGCUUCUCCUCCAGAGAGCCCUCUACUUUUGCCAGCUUUCGUUUCCAUUUGUAGGGAAGACGAGGCGCUAGAUAGAAAGGAGGGUAGUAAAGAUGUAGAAGAAAUUAAUUUAUUCAUAUUUUUGUAUCUGUUAAAUAUUUCACAUCAUGCUUUCAUUUUGUUGUAUGGAUGAAUUUGUUUUCAUGUGCAUGGAAGUUACUGAUGGACUCCUUGUACUAUAGUUUCUAACCUGGGUUUGCGAGUAAGAUAUACUUGGUAGAUAUUUUUUGCACAAAAUCCAUAAUAGAGAAGUAAAAAGAUCUCUUGUAAUAUAUUUUCACACAAAAUAAUCAGUUGAAAUGUAACAUUUUUGCAAAAUUACGGUGAGGGUGCAUUUCUAAAAAAGUUCAGUGUUCAUUAUGUAUGGAUCCGACAUACAUGCUGAUUUUUAUAUCAUUUUUUUGCUUUCCCCCUUCCAUAAUAUAUUAAUUCUACAAUUUUUUUUUUAUGGCAACCGUAAUCUUCAAGUCUUGAUAAUUUUUUUAAAACUUUUGUUACAUUUUCAAUUUGUCCUGAUUAGUUUUACUUGUUCUUUACAUUCUGUGUGUAUGAAUUUACCACUCACCGAAUCUUUUAUUGUACAGUGACAUUUUAUAAAGUCAAUUUCAUAAAGUGUCAUGUAUUUUUAGCCCUACUGUAGAGAUUUCAACGCUUGGUAUUUAAGGCACUCUGGCAAGGACACAGUUUAAGAUCGAGUACUAGUUAUAAUCUAUCAAUGACUAUGUUUUUAAUGCUCAUGAUGUUUUCAACAAUUUUUCCAAUAAAAAACAUGAAACAAAUUUUCA